AUGAGAACAAAUGGCAACGAACUAAAAGAUGUUCAAGUUGUUGAAAAGAUCUUAAGGUCUUUAGACUCAAAGUUUGGUUUCAUAGUUGUGGCGAUCGAGGAAUCAAAAGAUUUGGAGGUGAUGGUUGUGGAAGAGCUUAUGGGAUCCCUUCAAGCAUAUGAGCAAAGAAUAUUGAAGGAAAGUGAAGGAAGAACUUUGGAGCAAGCACUCCAAGCCAAACUAUCAUUCAAGCAUAAUGAAUCAUCAAGAGGAGGUCCUCAACGAGAAAGGGCCUCUACAUGGAGAGGAAGAGGUGGUCGUACUUCUAACUCCAAUUGGCACACUCAAAAUCAGAAUGACGGAAAUGAAGGACAUGGACAUGGAAGAGGUCGUGGUGGAAGCCGAGGUCAUGGUCGUGGACGAGGUAGAAACACUAGAUGGAGAUAUGAUAAAACUAAAUCUCAAUGUUGUAUUUGCAAGAAGUACGGUCAUCACUAUAAUGAAUGUUGGUAUAACACUAACAACGGAGAAGAACAAGUGAACCUUGUCAAUAAGGAGGUGGACAAUGAAGGACCAGUAUUGUUGAUGGCAUGCGAUGGGCCAGAAUCUGUCCAACCUAUUACAUGGUCCUAG